CGCUGUCCAGCGUGGAGCGCUUCGACCCUCAUCUGAACAAAUGGACAGAUGUGCGAGAGAUGGGGCAGCGGCGCGCUGGAAACGGUGUCAGCGAACUCAACGGAUGCCUCUACGUUGUUGGCGGGUUUGAUGAUAAUUCUCCGCUGAGCUCAGUGGAGCGCUUCGACCCCAGGACCAAUCACUGGGAGUAUGUGGCGGAGUUGACCACGCCCAGGGGCGGAGUCGGAGUUGCCACGGUGAUGGGGCGUGUCUUUGCAGUGGGGGGGCACAAUGGAAACAUCUACCUGAAUACGGUGGAGGCCUUCGAGCCCCGGAUGAACAGGUGAGAUGUAA